CGUUGUUUGACAAAUAAAGUUUUUACAAACCACGUGACGCACUGUCAUGGCGGCGUACUUGUUCGAUGCGUGGAUGUAGAUCAAAAACAUCUUUUAUAAGCAACUUGCUUUUAAACCAGUUUCGUCACAAAGGCGCGACACACAGCGUGGGGAAAGUCACAUUUUAGCAGUAACUGAAUCUUUAUUCGAGACAGUUGUUUACAGGAACACGAAAGUACAGAAGAUGAAACCUAAAAACAAACGUGUUUCCUCUGGAAAGAAGAAGAAGGCAGUGAAGUGGAGCAUCGAUACGAGAGGCGAGUGGAAAGCCGUGGAGCUGGAUCCCAGUCUAAUUGUGGAGAAGGGCCUGGAGGAUCUGGUGUGCUUCGAAGAGCUGACAGAUUACCGCCUGGUAGACAGCGAGAAGGCUGCAGCCAGAGCUGCUAAAGAGCUGAAAACAAAGAAGGCAAAGAAAAGAAAAGCUGAGGAGACAGGGAAGGUGGAGAGCAAAGAGGCAGAAAACACAACUGAACCUGUCAAGAAAAAAGCAAAAAAGAGAAAAAACAAGAAAGGAGCUGCUAAAACAUCAGAUGAUCAUAAUAAAGCUGUGUCAAAAGAGGAUAAAUCUGCUGGUGAAGACGGAGGAGGAAAUAAUGCAGCACAUGAAGAAAAAACAGCAGAAGUAUUAGAAAAUACAUCAGCUGGUACCAAAAAAAGGAAGAAGAAGAAGAAAGUAAAGCAGCAGAGGGUUCAGGAUGUGGUUGCAGAUGAACAAAUAGACUUGGAACGUUUACCAGAAAAAUCCAGUCAUAAUAAAUCUGGAAAGCCUCUUAAGAGAAAGACUCAGAACUGGGCAAAUGCAGCACUGUCUGGUUCUGAUGACAAAAAGUCUGAUGUGAGUGCGUGGAAGGAUCUGUUUGUGCCACCCCUGGUUCUGAAGGCACUGAGCAGUCUGGGAUUCAGCUCACCCACACCAAUUCAGGCCCUGGCGUUGCCACCAGCUAUCAGAGAUCGGAUGGACAUACUGGGAGCAGCUGAGACUGGAAGUGGUAAGACUUUGGCUUUUGGGAUUCCCAUGAUCCACACCAUCCUGGAGUGGAAAAGCGGCGCAAAGAGAACAACUGAGGACACUGGACCGGCCUCAACGGCGGAGAGCUUGCGUUUACCGUCAGAUGAUGUUCCCACAGAAUUACCCAACCAGGACAGUGAUGAAGAUUCAGAGGAAGGUGAUUUAGAUCAGACUCUAGAAGCCUCUGAUGAAGAAGAUGCCGAGGAUGGCGAUGAGAAUGAGCAGCUUGGGUGUGUUAAAGUGAUCGACAAAGUGGAGUUUGAUUUUGAGGAGAAAGCUGACGGUCGGAGUCGUCCUCUCCUUGGGCUGGUUCUCACUCCCACCAGGGAGCUGGCUGUUCAGGUCAAACAUCACAUUGACGCUAUCACCAAAUUUACAGAUAUCAAAACGGCGGUCGUUGUAGGAGGAAUGUCUCAGCCGAAACAACGACGGAUGCUGAAGCGCAGGCCCGAAAUCCUCAUUGCCACUCCGGGACGUCUGUGGGACUUAAUUAAGGAGCAACAUCCUCACCUGCUCAACCUCAGACAGCUCAAGUGUCUGGUCAUCGAUGAAGCCGACCGCAUGGUCGAGAGAGGUCACUUUGCAGAGCUGGAGAGUCUGCUGGAGAUGCUGAACACGACUCACAGCAACCCUACGAGACAAACAUUUGUCUUCUCUGCUACUCUGAUGAUGGCACACAGCCUGCCCAGCCGCCUCCUGCAGAAGAAGAAAAGGAGUCUGGACUCCAGGAGCAAACUGGAAAUUCUCAUGGAGAAGGUGGGGAUUAAGUCUAAACCCAAAAUCGUUGACCUCACCAGGAAGGAGGCCACGGUUGAGACGCUGACGGAAACACGGAUCCACUGUCAGAAGGACGAGAAGGACUUCUACUUGUAUUACUUCCUGCUUUGUCAUCCUGGACGCACCAUGGUGUUUGCAAACAGCAUUGACUGCAUCAAGAGACUCACCUCUCUGCUGGCGAUCUUGGAUUGUUCUCCGCUGCCUCUACACGGCAACAUGCACCAGAAACAGCGCCUCAAAAACCUGGAAAGGUUUGCCGAGGGGGAAAACUGUGUUCUCUUGACGACUGAUGUGGCGGCCAGAGGCCUGGACAUCCCCGAUGUUCAACAUGUUAUUCACUACCAGGUUCCUAGGACGUCUGAGACUUACGUCCACAGGAGCGGCAGAACAGCGAGGGCCACAAAAGAGGGGCUGAGUUUUCUGCUCAUGGGCCCAGACGACAUGAUGAACUUCAGAAAGAUUUACAAGACUCUGGGAAAGGAUGAGGAACUCCCAGAGUUCCCAAUAGAGAUCAAAUGCAUGGAGGCAGUCAAGGAACGAGUAAACGUUGCCAGGAGCAUAGAGAAGAUCGAGUACUACAACGGCAGAGAGAAGCAGCAUAACUCCUGGUUCAGACGAGCUGCAGCAGCCCUGGAGGUGGACCUGGAUGAUGAUCUUUUACUGGGUGGCGCUAAAGAAGAGCAAGAGGACAGAGAGCAGCAGAAGAUGGUGAGAGAGAUGAAAAAGCAAUUGAGGCGUUUGAUCUCGCAGCCUGUUUUCAAGGGUGCGAUGAAAACGAAGUACCCGACGAAAAUGGGAAAGCUCCCGCUGCCUCACACGCCCGGCGCAACGAUGGAAAGUGCCCUGGCCAGGGUUGCGGUGCAGAAGAAGAAAGAUGAGCUGAAGAAAAAGCUUCAAACAAAUCAGAAAAAACUAAAGAAAGUGGAGCAGCAGCAGUGAUGGUGAUGAAAAUGUCCAGCGAAUCAGACAGGUGGAUGACUUUAUGUAAAAGUGACUUUAAUUCAUGAUGUAGACAGAUUUUUAUAAAGAUCUUCGUCAAUCAAA